AUGUCUUCAUCUGUGCGAAGCUGCGGCUUAACGCGCGAUCUGGAAAUGCUGUUAUCCAAAGGGUUGAGUUGUCGCGUGUGCGAAUUUAUGAUAAAGAUGUUUAAUAACGAAAGCAUCAAUAUCGAUCCCAGAUCUCUGGACGAUUUAGCGCUUAGUGUUUUGAAGGAAUUCCCUGAAAAUAAUGCAUUGGAGAUUUUAAACCAGUUCAGUCGGAGUAAUCUUGCUAACGUGAACAAUAAAAGCGCGUUCUUGUGCGGAAUAAUGAGAAGUUAUCGCGAGAAAAUGAAGCUUGGAGGCCUCUCUCAGGUUUUAACACCAGAGCCAGCUAAGAUAAGCGAACUGCUAUCAAGGGGGAUUUACAGCAGAGAAUGUACUCCGCGACAGAGAAAGUAUCGGCGAACCGCAGCAAGAUUUGGUGAAAGAGGCUUUCCAACUACUUGGACUGAGGAAUCAGGUACUGAAGUCUUUAUUGGCAAGAUCCCUCGCGACUGUCUCGAGGACGAGCUUAUCCCUCUUCUCGAGAAAUGCGGCGAGAUCAGAGAGUUUCGACUCCAGAUGGACCCAGCAACGGGCCUAAACAAGGGAUUCGCAUUUUGUACCUUCACUAAACAGACCAGUGCGUAUCAGGCUAUAACGACCCUCAACGACAAGGACAUUCGCCCAGGAAGACGGCUUGCAAUUUGCAAAUCCAGGUCAAACAGUCGACUUUUUGUAAAGGGGAUUCCUAAGAGAAAAUCAAAAGAAGAAAUAUUUCAGGAAUUUUCCAAAGUUACGACAGAUCUCCAAGACGUAACUGUGUACCAGUCAUGUGAUCAGGGUAACCAUGGUGAUCUCAAUAGGGGUUUCGUGUUUCUUGAGUAUGCAAACUAUAUUGCAGCGGCCUCUGCUCUGCAUCGCUUCACGGAUGGCAAGGUUCGUAUUUGGGGAAAGGUACUGGAGGCGGUCACGUGGGCAGAGGCUCGCGAGAUCCCGGACGACGCCGUGAUGUCAAAGGUGAAGUCAAUAUACGUCCGCAACGUUCCACUUCCAAUGAGCGAAACUCAACUCAAGGCGGUGUUUACCAAAUAUGGUCAAAUCGAGAAAGUGAGGAAAAUAAGGGACUACGGAUUUGUGUACUUUGCCAAGAGGGAAAGUGCUGUUCAAGCUAUUGACGGAAUAAAUAGGGCAUACAUUGAUGGGUGCAAGUUAGAGGUCUCUCUAGCUAUACCACAGAGCUCUCGGUAAUAACUCAACGCAUCAUCCGAGUGUGAAGGUUUUAACCUUUUAAGACGUGGCCUCUUUGCAAAUGUUAUACCACUUGUUAUCAGGGCCGUAGUAAAGGAUAGGGCAAUGGGGACACGUUCUCCCCCAUUAUUUUAAUAAGAAAAUGACCAGUAGGGGCGUGGCUGUGCUCUAGUAUUUCGAGGCUUGCUACAGCUCUGGUUGACUAUCAAGGUUGAUAGAUAAUAAAAAAUAAUGUUGUCACAAUA